AUGUCGACGUGCCCGCAGUGCUACACGGGAACGUGCAAGCGCCACAAGAGCCAAGAUCACGGACGGUCGCUGGUAGAGUGCAAGAGCGCCGAGUCGACGUUCCAGAAGAUGUACGAUCAACUUGUGGGUUCCAAGCUACAAAAGCUCCAGGCCCAAGCCGAGAAAGAUCAGUCCAGACAGCACACGAAGGAGUUUCGCAAGAAAUUGGACGCGUUGAGGGACAAAUCGCUGCGUAAAAGCAACAAAAUGCGCUCCAAACGCAACAGUGUGAACGUCACGGGCAGCGGCUUGAACCCGCAGGCGCUGGCCGCCAUUUACGGCGAAGAGUCAGACGGGGAUCGAAACAAGGACACAAAGAAGAAGAAACAGAGACGAAAAGACGUGUCGACCUCUGAUAGGAAAAGACGCAGAGCUGACCGAGACGACUCGGACUCGAGUGAAGACAAUAGCGACGACACCAGUGACGAGUCUCAUCAUAAACACAAGAAAUCGUCGUCUUCCAGAAAACACAGUCACCGCCACAAAAAGAGUCACAAAAUAAAGAAACACAAACGUAGUUAG